AUGAUGUCGAAAGUUUUGCAAAAUUUGAUCGGACGGCAUCGGCUCCCUCAGGCCUCGACCGUGCUCACGAAUUAUUUGCGACAAACUGACGAGCCACCGUGGACGUCAUUUUUCGUUAAAUACACUUCGGUGAUCGAUGACCAGAGGGGUCGGUCGCACUUCAAUUGGAAAACUGGUGACUCAAACUAUCACAUUUUACGCUCCGGCUGUUUCCCAUACAUAAAGUACCAUUGCACCAAAAGGCCGUACGAAGACCUGCGAGUAGAGGACCGAUUGUUUAAUAUUUUAAAGAUCGUCAACCUGGGUAUACCAUUGCUUUUGUAUGGUUUCUCUGCCGUUUUUAUGAUUUCAUAUAAAGAAAUAGUGAAGACACCUGAAGGAGAUGUUUAUGUUUAUUUUCUUUUAAAAGAAGAUAAGGGUUCAACACAUUAA